GGGGACGGUGUUGACUACAAUCCAUUACCUAAAACACACGCAGAAGCUGCUUCUAUACAGUUCUAGAGAGAAAUAGAAAGAGAGAGAGAGAGAAUGGGUGGAGAUACAUGGACUGUCGCGGCCAAGCUCUGCGACUCUUGCAAAUCGGCGACGGCGACGCUGUUCUGCCGCGCCGACACGGCCUUCCUCUGCGUCGGCUGCGACGCCAAGAUCCACGCCGUGAACAAACUGGCGUCAAGGCACGCGCGGGUCUGGAUGUGCGAGGUGUGCGAGCAGGCCCCGGCCAGCGUCACCUGUAAGGCCGACGCUGCAGCUCUCUGCGCCACCUGCGACCGCGACAUCCACUCCGCCAAUCCCCUGGCCCGUCGUCACGAGCGCCUUCCGGUCACGCCGUUCUACGACUGUCCGAUCAAGUCCCCCACCGCGCAUGGAGGCGGCGAGGACCGCUGCUUCUCGGACCUCAACGGCGGCGAGGCCGCGGAGGAGGAGGCCGAGGCCGCGUCCUGGCUGCUUCCGAACCCUAAGGUCAUGGAGAGUCCCGAUCUGAAGCCGGCUGAGUAUCUGUUCUCCGAUGUUGAUACGUAUCUUGAUCUUGACAUCAUGGCCGGAGAUCAGAAGCCACAUCAACAUCAGCAACACUACAGCUCAGCUACCGACGGGGUUGUGCCGGUGCGGAGCAAGAACGUUCAUCAGCCUCCCUCCUUGGUGGACGGUCUACCUUGCUAUGACCUCGACUACACUGGAUCCAAGCCUUUUCUCUACAACUUCAGCUCCCAAUCUCUCAGCCAAAGUGUGUCGUCGUCGUCUCUGGAAGUAGGAGUGGUGCCAGACCACAACGCCAUGGCGGACGUUUCAACCACCACCAUCGGACAGCGGACCGCAACCGACACCGUGGCUGUCUCAGGGAUCGACAGGGAAGCGAGGGUGUUGAGGUACAGAGAGAAGCGGAAGAACCGAAAGUUCGAGAAAACAAUCCGAUACGCUUCGAGGAAGGCCUAUGCCGAGACGAGGCCCCGAAUCAAAGGCCGUUUCGCGAAGCGCACGGACGUCGAGAUCGACGGCAUGUUCAACAACUCUCCGGUGGCCUUGGUCGCUGCCGACGCAGGAUACGGCGUCGUCCCGUCGUUUUAAAGUAAUCCUUACUGUUCUUGUCAUUACUGUUGUCCCUUCUGUGUUUUUUUUUCCUGUUUUUGCCAUAUUAAAUUAUGUGUAUAUAUACUCGUAACCGUUAAUUUUGUAGAAGCUCUCUACUCUCUUCCCGACUCUGUUUAAGUGUAAUCAGAUGUGUUUUUGCCA